AUGGUGGGUUCCCUGGACUUUUCUCUGCUAAGAGACCUUUUCUCUAUCCUUCUUCUCCAGGUGUCCAUGUGGGGCUCAGAUUCAUUCUUGGUUAUCAGCCCCUCAGAGCCAAUUGUGGCCAUGCUGGGCACAGACACAGUGCUGCCCUGUCAUGUGUCCCCUGCCAUGAAUGUGGAGAGCAUGGAGCUGAGGUGGUUCCGCUCCCAGUUCUCAGAGGCUGUGUAUGUGUAUAAGGAUGGAAUGGAGCAGGCGGAAGAACAGCUGGUAGAUUUCAAAGGGAGAGCAGAGUUGGUGAAAGAUUAUAUCACGGAGGGAAGAGUAGCUGUGAGAAUCUACAAUCUCCAGAUCUCAGACAAUGGAAUGUACAAGUGUUUUUUUAAAAAAGACAGUGACUUUGAAGAAGCCACUUUGGAGCUGAAAGUGAUUGGUCUGGGUUCUGGUCCUCAUGUUUUCAUGGUGGGUCCAGAAGAUAAAGGAAUAAGGCUGACAUGCACAGGCAAGGGGUGGUUUCCCCAGCCUGAGAUAAAAUGGACAGAUGCAACGGGAGAGAUGAUACCAUCUCUCUCUGAGGAUGAAACCCAAGAUGAUGAUGGGUUGUUUCAAAUAGAGGCAUCCCUCAUUGUGAGAGACACUUCAAAGACAAGAGUGUCCUGCUCCAUGAAGAACCCCUUCUUUGGACAAGAGCAGGUGGAAACCAUUUCUAUCCCAGAAUCCUUCUUCCCUAGGACCUCUCCUUGGAAGGUAGCAUUUGCUGGGACUUUCUUCAUACUUGGGAUUUUCCUGGGUGCUGUUGUGUUUUUGGCUUGGAAAGAACGACAGGAGAAAAAAAGAGUACAGGAAAUCCAGGAGGAAAAAGAGAAGGAAAGUGAAGCCAGAGAAUCGCUUGAGAAAGAGCUUGUCAGAAGGAAGCAGUUAUAUCAGCAAGACUGGAAAAAAGCAAAUUUAUAUGCUGACUGGAGAAAGGAACAAUUCAAAGCAGUUGCUGUUACUCUGGAUCCAGACAGUGCUCAUCCCAAUCUCAUCAUCUCUGAGAAUAGAAAACAAGUUUCUUUAAUGGAAAAUGUUCCUCAGAACUGUGAUGGCUCAGUAUACCAAGGACAAGAGGAAUCUGAAGCUGUCUUCAAUGUUCUGGGCCAAAAUUACUUUCACACAGGGAGACAUUACUGGGAGGUAGAAGUCAAUAUUGGGACAGAAGCUGGACCUGAAACUGAAUGGGCUGUGGGUGUUUGCUCAGAUUCAGUAAUAAGAGAUGGGUGGUUUGUAGAAUGUCCAGAGAAGAAUUUCUGGGUGAUAGUAUACAAGAAAGGAGAAGUCAAGGUUCCCACCCUCUCAAAGUCACUUUCACUGAGGCAGCAUCCUCAAAGGAUAGGAGUUUUCUUGGACUGCGAAGAUAGAGAUGUGUCAUUUUACAACAUGGUUGAUGGGUCGCACAUCUAUUCCUUUACUGGAAUCACCUUGUAUGCGACCCUCUGUCCUUAUUUUAGCCUUCGGGGUGCUGGCACAUCUGUGACCAUCUGCUCAACUUCAGAUUGCACUAAAAAUUGUCCUGAUUCUUCUCCAAAUAGCUCUGUAACUCAUUUAAGGAGUGAUGACAUGGGUAUCCCUCAAGAAGCUAAGCAUCUAUUUAAAAAGAAAAAUCUCUCUUCCCACUAUUUUUGUUAUCAAAUAUGA